AUGGACUCGGCGCCAGCCUUCGCCAUGGACAAGCCGUUCGCCCCCAGCGCCGUGCGCGGCCCGGAGCCGCCCGAAAACCCUCAAAGCCGGAAAAACUUCAGCGUGAGCCACCUCCUCGACCUGGAGGAGGUAGCGGCCGGUAUGAACGGGACCCCCCCGGCCGGUCCCCCGCCCGCCGGUGGUGGAAAGGCCAUGCCGGAGCCGUCGGGAGGCAGCAGCGGCAGCGAGGCAGCGCCCCAGGACGGUGAGAGCCUGAGCCCGAGCCGUGGGGCAGCCAAGAGGAAGAAGAAGCAGAGGAGGAACCGCACCACCUUCAACAGCAGCCAGCUGCAGGCUCUGGAGAGGGUCUUCGAGAGGACGCACUACCCCGACGCCUUCGUGCGGGAGGAGCUGGCGAGAAGGGUCAACCUCAGCGAAGCGAGAGUCCAGGUCUGGUUUCAGAACCGGAGGGCCAAGUUUCGCCGUAACGAGAGGGCGAUGCUGGCCAACAGAUCAGCAUCGCUCCUCAAAUCCUACAGCCAAGAAGCAGCCAUCGAGCAGCCCAUGGCACCGCGGCCCACGGCGCUGACCCCAGAGUAUCUGUCCUGGACCAGCUCCUCUCCAUACAGCACUGUGCCCUCCUACAGCUCCAGCGGGACCGCGACACCCACCCAAGGGGUGAAUAUGGCCAACAGCAUCGCCAGCCUGCGCCUCAAAGCCAAAGAGUUCAGCCUCCAUCAGAACCAGGUGCCGACCGUGAACUGACCAGGGCAAAGCCCACCCCGUGGCCUCAUCCAGGAUACAGCGUGGAGCUCCUGUGCCGGUCCAGGACGAACCCAACCCACAUGCCACUCAUUCAAUGUCUCAGCACCUCUUCUCUCCUCUUCUCUUCCCUUUUGAAGGUAGAGUCAGUCCCAGGCCGAAGUGGCACAUAAUUAUAGCCACAUAUGGAGCAAACUUGGUUAGAAACUUGCUUUUCCGCACACCCUUAUAAUAAAGGCUAUAUAUACACACACAUACCCCCCACACGCUCUUCGAGGACAAACAGACUUGCCAAGGGAACAAGAAUUUGCUUCCAAACAUGGAAGGAUCUUGGACUAUUGGAUUUGACCAAUUUGGGUAUCUCACCCAGAGAGCCAAAGAGUUAUUGGGUCUUGUCCUCCCGCAGGGACAGUAUGCAGUGGUGGGAGGAUCAUGAACCCCCCUUUCCACCAGGCUGCGACUCGUGAAGCUCAACCACACAUGCCGAAGCUGACCCGCACAUUUGCCUCUUUGUGCUUGGGAGAGACUUUGGGAAGCCAACAGCUCGUCCCUGCCGCAGCCAGCCAUUUGCAUCAUGCUGCCUGCAAUUCGGAGCUGCCUAUAUCGAUGGCAUCAGGCUUUGCCCCUUCCCAGAGGGGUGAGGAGGACUCACUGGGAGCUGUGGGGAGCACCGGCGGUCCCCAGGCAGGCAGUGCUGCCCUGGGUAGGUUUGCCAGCAAUGCUGCAGAGCCCGAGGUCAUUGAACCGUCCCAGGGAAAAGAGAAAAUUGGAAAAAGCUGUUGGGUUUCAGCUGAGUAGGCGGCUCCCGGCGCUCCGUGCCAACGGCAAAGCAGGCUUCGCCUUCCGGAGGCACAGCCUCGCCGGCGGCAGCUCCGCACAUGUGUGCGGGGGUCUGGGGCUGGCGACUCCAUGGGGGUGGGCUUCUCUGGUUUUCCACAAAGGAAACGGUUUCCUCCUCGUUCCACCCUGCUGCGCAGCAUCAUGAGGUUGCAAGGUGGGACGUGCAGGGGGAUGGACACAGGGUGGGCAACCUCGCCCCAGUCCUUCACCCGUGGGACUGAGCCGCAGAGAGAUGCGCCCUCCAACUUCCCCUUCCGACACCACAGAAACAGGGGAUGAGCCACAGAGAUGGAGGUUUCACCCUGUGGACAAAGCCCUCUAGAAACCAGAGCACUCUUUCCUCACCCGCUGCAAGAAGCCACCAGCCAAGAACAGGGACACCACCAGCUCAUGUGGGUGGCCUGGAUGGAGUAGGCACCAGCCCUAAUUGCCUAAAAGGUCUUAGCCCUGUUGGGACUGUAGCAGUGGAUCCAAGGAUGAAUACAACAAUUGAAAGCGUCCCAACUACACACGUGCCCAUGUGAGUCCCUGCCAGCCCGAGGAGCAUCCCCUCCCUGUCCCACUGGGGCUCUCACUGCAGCCACACAUGGUACCCAGUAGCUACACCGUAGGCAGGGGACUCAUCCAUCACCCAGAGCUGGAGACCUGAUGGGAGAACCAGGAGAGCAGCACAUCUCCUCUGGCUGAGCAUGAAUCAGCCCCUCCAUCCUACCCCCAGCCCUGGCUUUCUCUGUUCAAUGCAGCCCCCUGGUUGGGAACAGCCACCUCCUCCCUCAUCCAUGGAGCAAAGUCACCCUAAAUACCCACCCUGUGCCCCCCACCCCUAUUUCCAGUGCUGGUAUCCCCCCUUUGCCAUGCCAGAAGGGGAGCACACAGCUCCUCAGACCACAGCAAGACACCACAAAAACCUGACAAAAGCCAAGAAGGGGGUAAGACAGAUCCACUGCAGGGCAAAUUAUUCACCAUGAGAAACUCCACUUGGGGCAGGAGGAGGGGGCCGGGGUGGGGGGGUCCUAUUCCCAUGGAAAGCACAGGGCUCUUUUUUUGGUUAUACAAGAUGAAACCACAGGGAUAUAAAUGUCGCUGCCUCUUUGAGAGCAUUAAUGAAAAUAAACCCAUCUAAUAGUUUGCAGAUGCCGUUUCUGUAAACCUAAAAAAAGCAGGGAAUAAAUAUUUCUUCACUAAAUAUCUAUAUGUAUAUAUAUAUUUGAAAACACUCACUCCUAAUCUGAUGGCCCCUCUUUCGCCGUGCUCUUGGCAGCUUAUCACAGCUUGUCAGUCAAUGCUGAAGACUCACCAAGACAAGAUACAAACUGCACCCACGGAGGGGUAGCAGGACAGAGGGAUUAUUGUAAUCUAAGCUCCCUCUUGCCCUUUUCUAUUUGUACAUUUCAAUUCCUUGGAACAAGAUCCACGGUGGAUUUUCCUUUUUUUGUUUUUUUUUCUCCUGCAUGUCUGUGUUUUGGAAAUUUUUGUAAGGUUUUUGUAAAAACAACUCUUGUGAAAUAAUGGAGGAAUAAAUAUUUUACUGAGUA